AUGACUGUCCAUUCUGAUAAUGAAAGUUUAGAAGUCCAAAGAAAGCCUGGUGCUGCAUUGCCAGACUGUCUGGGAGUGAAGGCAGUGGUCUGGGGGACUUUUGAGGUGUGUAGUUAUGGACCACACCCCCUGUUUGUGUUAAUAUUUGACAGUUUGAGGGAGGAUACAUGUUUUCUUUCUGUGGCGGAGUUAAAGGCAGUGGAGGGAAAUGAGGAGAAUGAGGAAGGAAAUGUCCAGGAGGGGGCAUGUGGAGGAGAUAAUACAAGUCAUGAGGACUCUGUUGAUGUGAUACUGGAAGGAGAUCAAACCAAUACUGAAUCUCCAUUGGUGUCCCCUGAUGUACGGAUAAUCAUAGCACCGUAUGAAAACAAUAGCAAAAUUGUUGAAUUUGAAAAUACGGAUAAGUCCGGAAACCGUGAAUCUUAUGUUAAACAGUUUUUACAGUUUGGCCUGGUGUCUUUCAUUUUUAAGACAGUGAUUUUCAGCAUUAAAGUCAACAACACUUUAAAAAAGUAUUCAGGAUAUGUGGCAGUGUUGGAUGUGCAUGCUCUGCAGACAUUUUUUUGCAGUUUGAUAGAAAGAGAAAGGAACGGUUCUGAGCUGAAUAUGGAGCAUAAACAUAUGCUGGAUAUUAUCAGGAAAACUGCAAUUUUGGAUGUUGUUGAAAGCAAGAAUGGUGCACCUAUUCUCUCGAAACUAGCAACAAAUACAGCCUCUCCCAUAAAUAGUGGUGCUCUCUCUUGCCUGUUGAAAGUUUUAGUGACUUACAUCAUGUCAAAGCUUGGGCAGUUUUAUAACCGACUGGGAUUUCUCCCUAUCUUCCUCACCAACUUGAGGCCUGUCCUUGUAGGAAUUGGGUCAGCUCAAAGUAUACCAAGCAUGGAUAUAUCAGAUAUCUGGAGCUUCCUAAACUGGCCAGAUAGCACUUCUGCUGCCACUGCCAAAGACCUGUAUACCCAGGGUUUUCGUUGCCUGGAUUCUACUCGGAACCUCAUUCAUUGUCUGUCUUGUGGAAACACUCAAACCUGUCAGCAUCAAGUACCUGUCUGCUGCUCCCCAAGGCGCAUUUUGAGAUUUGAAGGACCCAUUUCUUUAGCAGAGAUGAACCAAUAUGUAGAGUCAUUGACAAGUGUUUUUGAACACUCCCCAUUGCCCCAUUUCGGGCAAAUUGAUGACAGCUUGCUGCGGGAUAAUUUUCUCACUUCAUCCAUGCCAUCAGAUGUUGAACGGUUCAUAGAGUCUAAACUUUUUCCUAUAGAUGAUGCGGGGAUUUUUGAAUGUUUUUUCUGCGGAGUCAGACUGGGAAAUUGGCAGGAGUCACAUGAUGCAGUUCUACGACAUGCCGCUGUCAGCUUACACUGCCAGUACAUACUGAAACUUUGUGGCCCUGCAUUCAUCUACUUCCUGCGAGAAAGUCUCCUUCAGGCUGGCAUGGAUCUCACUGGCUACAUCAGACGACACUUCACUUGUCAUCCUGAGUAUCGUCUCAGAAGUGCCAGGGAACAAACAUGGAAAAGAAGUUCAUUGAAUGAAGAAAGACAGUCACAGUGGUCCGAUGCAGGAUUUUAUUUCAUGGACCCUCACUGCCGCAGCUUCUGCUGUGGAAUCAAAAUUGCAGAUUUCAGAGAAAGUGACGACCCCUGGAGUGUUCACUUUGGUUUCCGGCCAAACUGCCCGUUCCUGCUGAAAAACAGACCUGAAUAUUUUGCUGUGAGAGCUGGCUGUCUUCAGCUGACAGGAGAGCAGAUGAGACGGUUUGCUGUAGCAUCUGGACAAGAUAAUGAGGCUACAAAUGGCAUUGUUAUGCUGCGAGUGGAUGGCAUUCUGGAUGGCAUUGUCACUUCUUCCUUCUCAGAGACAGAAAAUGUCCAGUUGUUCAACGAUGAUCCUCCCCAGGUCCAAGCUCCAAUGGAUGAUCCUCCCCAGGCCCAAGCUUCAAUGGAUGAUCCUCCCCAGGUCCAAGCUCCAAUGGAUGAUCCUCCCCAGGUCCAAGCUCCAGUGGAUGAAGAACUGAAAAGGAUUCAGGAAGAGAAUGAAGAGUUAAAACAACGGCUAUACUGUGGGAUUUGUGAAGAAAAUGAGGUGGCAAUACUUUUCCUACCCUGUUAUCAUAUUCUUUGUUGUGCAGAAUGUGCACCAGCAUGUAAAGUCUGUCCGUCUUGCCAAAGUCGGAUCACGGGUGUAGCCAAAAUCUAUCUGUCUUAAACAGCUAUCCAAGGAUAAUUCUAUAUAUAUCACAUCUUGGACGGGAAUAAGAGAGAUGGAUGACAUUAACAAUUAAAGCUGACAGUGCAAGUUAAAAAUUCAUGAUUUACAAGAUAUACACAGUUUCAGUAUUCAGAAAUUGUUUCUGAGAUGUACCCAUAUAAUGAGAGUAUGUUCCAUUCAUUCUUCCUCUGUAUACUGUGUAACAUCGCUGUAAUUCUGGUGAUGUUGAGAUGUUGUUGAGUUUGGAACGCUGAAAGGCUGGUUAGUGAAAAAGUUCUGUUGUGAUAUUCUGCUCAUUAGAUAAAAACCGUCUAUGGCCUGCUACGAGUUGUCAGGUGACGAACUAACUCUAUGGCCUGCUACGAGUUGUCAGGUGACAGACUAACUCUAUGGCCUGCUACGAGUUGUCAGGUGAAGGACUAACUCUAUGGCCUGCUAGGAGUUGUCAGGUGACGGACUAACUCUAUGGCCUGCUACGAGUUGUCAGGUGAUUGACUAACUCUAUGGCCUGGUAGUGGUUUAUUUCAUUACCAUUUGCAUGGAAUACUCCAACUAGUUUUUCCAAUCCUGAAUUAUACGUUUAUAUAUAUAAAUAGUGUUCUACUUCAGACUUUGUAGACUAAGUGCCAUUAUCGUGAUAGUAAAAUGGCCCUUUAGAUUUGAGACACAUGUUAAGAUGGGAGGAAAUAUAUUUAGAGACUUUCUUGUUCAGGACAGGCUGUGAAAUAUGUGAUAGACACUCAUUCCUACUCCAAAGUGAAUCAUGGUGCUGAUAUGUCUGUGAUGUGUUUUGAAAUGUUUUUAAACUGUUAAAAAUGAAAAGUUGAUGUGGAAACAUGUUGGAUAUUGCGUGGGAGAUAAUAGCAUCUUACAUUGUGAUUCAGUGAAAUCCAGUGGACACUGUUUUUCAUUUCAAAUGAUAAAUGGAAUCUAUGGAAGAAUUAUUUUUGAAAAGUCUGUCCAUAAGUAGUCGUUAGUACAUAUGUCACAACGUUUUGUUAAUUAUGCUGUUAAGGUUAAUUCAAAGCAAAAUUUAUAUUUAUAAUGCAUUUAUUUGUAACCAAGUGGUCUUCAUUAUAUGUUUAUAGGUUUUUUCAAUUAUAGGGCAUAAAAUGCACAUGUUCUCACUAUCUACACAGAUGAGUGUUUUCUUAAAUGGCCAUUUCCUUUGAUUCUUUUUCUUUGUUUAAUUUUACAUUUGUUUUCAAGAUAUUUAUUUGAGUGUAAUACAGUUACAAUCAAUAUAUUUGAUUCUAGUCUAUGCCCUAGUUAUUUUAGAUAAAUUUACAUGGGAACUGAUUUUCAAUAGUGUGAUUUAUAAUAGAUUUUCAGUCAAGAAAAAUAUUUUAGAUAAUAACAAUGAAAGUUAUUAAUAUAAAUGAAAUGAUAUAUAGGUUUUAAUUAGAUAAUUCUGUUAAUGAACAUAGGGACUAAACAACAACUGAAUACAUAUUGACAAAAUUAGAUGAUAUGACCAUACCUGGACAUUGUAAAGAGACUUACUUGCCAAAAUAUAAUGAUAAUUUUGCAUUUUAUUGUUAAAUUAAAGUUUAUAUCAGGACAUAUGUUAUCAUGUAUACAACCUAUGUACAACAAAUUCAUCUACUUUUAACAUGGUACAGGGUCUGUCAUCCUUUGUCUGUCCGUUCUUCAACUUUCCUUUACAUCACUACUAGUCCUGAAUGCCUGAAUGGAUUUUGAUGAAAUUUGGUCUGGAGCAUUAUUGUGUAAAGGAGAUAUAAUGUUGUGUAAAUGAAGGGUGUGGCUCUCCUGGGGCCAGAGGGGCGGGGCCAAAUAGGAGAAAUUGAGUUAAAUCAUUAAAAUCCCUACUAUAGUCCUUAACACUUCAAUGGUUUUUAGGUCACCUGAGACAAAAUCUCAAGUGACCUAUUCUAACUGCCUUUUGUCCAUCGUCUAUCCAUAAACAAUUUACAUCUUUGACUUUUGCAAAAUUGCUGAACCAAAUUCAUUAAAAUUUGGCAGGAAGCUUCCAACCAAAAGGUCAACUAAAAUUGAGAAUUAUAUGGUCCCGACACCACCAGGGGCCUGAGGAGAGUCAAAUUGAAUAAAAUUUUCAAAAAUCUUCUUCUCAACUCCCCAGUAUAGUAGAAUAGGUACUCUUUUAUCCAAAUUUUGAAUUGCGAAGACCCUGGGGUCUCAGUUUUGCUAUCAUUUGUUUGAUUUCUAAUGGAAAUCAUUUUAAUUUUAACAUUAUCAGCAUAGGAUGACAGCUUAAUGGUAUGCACAUGUUGGCAUAAACUGACCCCCAGGAGCAUAUGGGUGGGGCCAAAAGUGGUCAAAUUUACUGAAACUUCUUCUCAAGAUCUAAAUAAGGUAGAAUCAAAUACGCUCCAUAGAUAGAAGGGUCUUAAGGAGCUCUACCAAAAUUGACUAAUGCCUCUUGGUUGAUGGGCAUGAUAUAGUCAACCAAGGUUUUUAGCCCACCAUCAUCAGAUGGUGGGCUAUUCAAAUCGCCCUGCGUCCGUGGUCCGUGGUCCGUCCGUCC